UUUCCGGUUACUCCGGAAGUGAAGGCUCCUACGUUCCUCCGCCGGAGGAGGACCGGGGUGAAGGGAUGGCCGGGCGGACGGCGAGGCUGGUGCUGCUAGCUGGUGCAGCCGCGUUAGCAAGCGGCUCCCAGGGCGACCGCGAGCCCGUGUACCGCGACUGCGUGCUCGGGUGCGACGAGCGGAACUGCUCCGGGAACGCACUGAAGCACUUCCGCUCCCACCAGCCAAUCUACAUGAGUCUAGCAGGCUGGACCUGUCGGGACGACUGUAAGUAUGAGUGUAUGUGGGUUACUGUUGGCCUCUACCUCCAGGAAGGUCACGAAGUGCCUCAGUUCCACGGCAAGUGGCCCUUCUCCCGGUUCCUGUGCUUCCAAGAGCCAGCUUCUGCUGUGGCCUCUUUCCUCAAUGGCCUGGCUAGCCUGGUGAUGCUCUGUCGCUACCGCGCCUCCGUGCCAGCCUCCUCCCCUAUGUACCCCACCUGCGUGGCCUUCGCUUGGGUCUCCCUCAAUGCCUGGUUCUGGUCCACAGUCUUCCACACCAGGGACACCGACCUCACAGAGAAAAUGGACUACUUCUGUGCCUCCACUGUCAUCCUGCAUUCAGUCUAUCUGUGCUGUGUCAGGACCGUGGGGCUGCAGUGCCCCGCCGUGGCCAGUGCCUUCCGGGCCCUCCUGCUGCUCAUGCUGACCGCGCACGUCUCCUACCUGAGCCUCAUCCACUUUGACUAUGGCUACAACCUGGCGGCCAAUGUGGCUAUCGGCCUGGUGAACGCGGUGUGGUGGCUGGCCUGGUGCCUACGGAACCAGCGGCGGCUGCCUCACGCACGCAAGUGCAUGGUGGUGGUCCUGCUGCUGCAGGGGCUGUCCCUGCUCGAGCUGCUGGACUUCCCGCCUCUCUUCUGGGUCCUGGACGCCCACGCCAUCUGGCACUUCAGCACCAUCCCUGUUCACGUCCUCUUCUUCAGCUUUCUGGAAGAUGACAGCCUCUACCUGCUGAAGGAAUCAGAGGCCAAGUUCAAGCUGGACUGAAGGCCCUGGAAGUGGGUCUGCCCACUUGGGGAUUCUGUCCCUCUGCUGCUGGCUUCCCUUCUCCUCCCAUUCCUUGAGACGAUUUAUUUUUUCCUUUUAGCAUUUUGAACUUGGACAUGAAGGGUGUGGGCCCAGAAUCAUGUAACCUACCCAUCCCUUGCUCACCCCCUCAUGGCCCUCACAGAUCUUGGCAUUGGUUCAGAUGUGGCCUCAUCACAUCUGGGGCUAGAAAAUGGGCAACCCCUGUGGUCCCUGGAGCUGAACUAGGGUGGAACUGUGUUCUUAGCUCCACCGAGAGGAGAGGUGCCUUUCCUCCCUGUCAGCUUCCUCCUCACUGCCUGGGCAGUUCCCGGAACUCUCUGUCUCACUGGGAGACCAGGCACCAAAGGCCUUUGGAGAUUCAGUGAGGUCCCCUUCUGUUACUCUGUGCCCUCCUCCAGGGCACCACUAGGUGGCACUAGAUGCUUGCUCUUUGGCUGCCCAAGUUUCAAGGCAGGCAGGUCUCAUUCUCCCCAUGGGAUCUAGAGGGACCAAGCUGUUGGGAUUGGGGAGCAGUCUCACCCAGACUGUUACUCCUGUCAGAUCCCUAGGAGGCGUCGCCACACUCUCCCUUUGGGGCUAGGACCCCAGAGAGCCCAGGACCAGGAUCCCUCUGGCCCCUGUGCUGCUGUUGUGGUUGGAAGCCUGCAUGUGAGUGUGUAAGGGAGACCAUGAGUGUAGGUGACAGGAUGGUGGACGUGGGCCUGGGGUGUGUGGGAUGCUGAGGGGCGGGCAGUGUGUGAGAGCAUUGGCCUUGUGCAGUGUGGAAAGUGGUGUGUGUGUGAGAGUGGUUUUAAAGUGUGUGUGUUGAGGGGUAGGCAGGUUAGUGUGGAUGAGGGGGGUAUGCAUAGACUGAGUGUGAGUGCAGGUGAGUGUGAGGGCCACACAGUGGGGGGAGGUUGAGCAGGAUGAGGGGAUCGAAUCACUGUCGACAACCGUUUAUUGUGCACCAACUCUGCACAAAGCCCCGUGUCCCCAGGAUGUCCCCAAGAUGCGGCUGGGAGUGAGGGUGUCCAGGCUGCAUGUGUAUAUGUGUUCCUUUCUUUACAAACCUCACAGGGCUCCCGCACAACCUCCAGAAUCAGCCCCUUGGGAGGCAGAGGGAGGAAGGAAAAUGGGGAUCCUCCUUGCCUAGACAUGGUGGCCACCCCUACCCCAGUGCCCUGCCUGCUAAGCCCCUUUGACACUGCCGGACCCUGGGGGAGAGAGGGGGGUAAUCUGAGGGAGGAGGGGAGAAGGCCUGUGGCCUGGUUGGGUUUCCCAUCUUCCUGGAGGCAGGCAGGGGCCAUGCUGUACCCACACCCUGGUAAAGGUGACCCCUGCCAGUUGCCGGCAGCCAUAGCACAUUCCUGCUUCACAAGGAUAGAAUGUGGAGCUCCAGAAACUUUCCAUCCAAAGGCAGUCUCUGUGAUUGGAGCAGGGAGUCUGGAUUCUUGCUCUUUCCCUGCCCUCUUGCCCCUCCCUGGGGGUAAGGGCGCUGUGUUAGGACUUCAACCUCAGGGACUUAGGUGGCUUGUGUUAACCUCUUUUGAUACUAAGAACUAUUUUAAGGUAGGAGGGUAGCAAUGGAAAUUCUUAAUAAAUCAAUUCUCAACCUCA